GCUGUCCAUGGUAUUCUCAGGAGUCUUCUCCAACACCAUAGUUCAGAGGCCUCAGUACUCUUCCUUCCUGCUUCUGCAUCAUAUCACUGCUGCCUAGAAAAACAUGAGCCGUGUGGAGUGGAGGGAUUACAUUCUACAGAAGACCCACCUUCCUUGAUGCCCUUCUCCUUUCAACUGUUGGCAUUGCAUUUACCAACUGAUGGGGCGAAUUCCUCCUCACAUUCAUUCAGUGCAACUUGUGGAAAGGGAGCAGUUUUCAUUUUAAAAAAAGAGGGAAGAAAUUAGAUAACUGUGGAGAGUGAAACCUAAUGAGUCUCUUGACCCAAAGCUUGCCCCUUUGUUAGCCCUCUUCUGGUAAGCGCAAUACUGGUGCAAAAAGUGCUCACUGUUGUCAAUCAAUUUGGGAUAUUAGUCAGUUGACUAUGUUGUUGUUCAGUCGUUAAGUUGUGUCCGACUCUUCAUGACCCCAUGAACCAUAUCAUGCCAGGCCUUCCUGUCCUUCACUGCCUCCCUGAGUUUGCUCAGUUGACUAUGACCAUGACACAAAUAGCUCUUGCUUUUGUUUUUCUUGCAAGAAAUAUAUUGCACCUUCUGUGCUGUGGAAAGGCAAUACAGUAGUGUUAUUAGAACACUUUUAAAAUAGAAAGAUCAAUAUCCUUUGCAGUCAUUGAGCAACAGCUUUGCACUUUUGACAACACAACUGAUUGGCUUGAAAAAUUCUAAUAAUUCAACAGGAAUUUCUACAAAAUCUGUAUAAUGUACCUCUUAUGAAGGUAAGGGCUGAGUCAAAUGAUCAUGAGUUCAAAUUUUCUUGAACCUUUAGGCCAGCAAGACAUUUGCAAUUUGGGUAUAACAACACAAACUUACUGAUAGUGUGGUUUGAGGUUAGUAGAUCACAAGUGCUUUGAACUAUAGAAAGCUGAUUUAUGAAUGUAAAGUACUAUGAUUUUUCAUUUUUAUUUUGUUUUCUUUUUUGGCAUGACAAGAAAAACUGUGAAAGCAAAUUAUACAAGAAAUGCAUAAUUUUGCAAGAUAAAUUGAUGUUAAAGAAGAAAAGAAAGAAAUCAACAUCCAUAUUUGGGCUGCUUUCAUUCAUCAGCUCCUGUGGAUAAAUCUUGACUAUCCUAACUCCUACCCAAAGAAGAAGAUGCCUGUGAUAAUUGAUCAGCUCCAGAUGAGUCAAACAAGGGCUCUUGGCUGUCUAGAUCCUUCACAGUGUACAUGUCCUGCUGUGCUUGUUAGUAGGAUGUCCUCCUCAGCUAUCAUCUUCGUUGAUAUUGACUUUUUUGAAGUGAAACUUCUUUGAAUUUCAGCAUUCCAAAGAGCCAUGGCCACCACAAAUCCUCUGGAGAACCUCCAAGUGGAAGCCAGCUGUUCUGUCUGUCUGGAGUACCUGAAAGAUCCUGUGAUCAUUGACUGUGGCCACAACUUCUGCCGGGUGUGCAUCACCCGCUGGUGGGAGGAUUUGAACCGAGACUUUCCUUGCCCUGUGUGCCGUAAGACUUUCCGCCACCGCACUCUGAAGCCCAACCGGCAGCUCGGCAACAUGGUAGAGAUUGCCAAGCAACUGCAGGUUACCAACAAGCGAAAGAUACGGGAUGAAAACUUAUGUGAGAAGCAUAAUGAAGUGCUUCGCCUCUUCUGCAAGGAAGACCAGGAGGCAGUUUGCUUAGCGUGUGAGAUCUCCCACGAACAUCGUUCCCAUACAGUUGUGUCCUUGGAUGAUGCCUCUCAGGAAUACAAGGAAAAGAUGCAGAAAUGCUUGGAGCCAUUGGAAAAAAAACUGCAAGAGAUUGCCCACUGCAAAUCCCGAGAGGAAAAGAAACCUGGGGAGCUCAAGCGGAAGGUUGAAGACCGUCGCCAGCUCAUCAUUAGUGAGUUUGAGGAGCUGCAUUUAUUUCUAGCAGAGGAACAGGAAAUAUUAAUGCAACGCCUAGAGAACGAGGAGAAGGAAAUUUUACAGAAGUUGAAGGAAAAUGUGACAGAGCUGUCAGAACAACGGAGUGCCCUCAACAGCCUUAUCACAGAAAUUGAGGAAAAGUGUUUACAGUCAGGCAUGGAUAUGCUCAAGGAUGUGAAGAGCACUUUUGAGAGGUAAGGAACAAAUCCCUCUUCAAUGAAUUUGGUAGUUCAGCUGCUGCUUCUUAUAGGGGCUGGCAAGGUUGUUAUUAACUGUUAUCAUUAGAGAAGCAAUGUAACUAGCUUAAACAUAAAGAGUCAAAGUUCAGUAUCUAGAGGAAUGUGUAUCUGUUUCCACAUUGAUUCCCUGUUUUUCUUAAUUCAUUUAAAAUUUUUUAAAUGAAAUUAAGGUGGGAUACUUUACACCAGGGUUCACAGUCUUUAGUGAAGUUUACAGUGUUACUUGGGCUUUGAGUGGCAUUCUGGGGCCAUUUUUCAAAAAAGUUGAUAAUGCCAGGAAAAAAAAUCCAUUU